AUGCAUCGAGUAGAAUCAUAUUUACAUUCAUCAACAUUACCACCUUUAAUUAAAAUACUUGAACAAAUAUUCAUUCUUGAUCAACUUGAAGCAGUCUAUACGGAAGCAAAAAUACUUUUACACGAUGAAAACUAUUCAGUUGGUCGAGUACCAAAUACGAUCGUUGAAUUGAAAAAAAAUUUUGAAGACAAUUUUUGUCCAAAAGGUAUUGAAUCUAUGAAACGAAUCAGUGUCACUGCAAUUAAUGAUCCGAAACUUUACGUUGAAAAAAUUCUUGAUAUUCAUGAAGAAUUCUUUAAAGUUGCACAAAAUUUUUUUAAUAAUGAUGAACAUCUUAUAGCUUCUGCUAAUAAAGCUUGUGGAAAUUUUAUUAAUAAUAAUGCAGUAACAGAAGCUGCUAAUAAUUCAAGAAAAUUAUCUGAAUUAUUAGCUCGAUAUUGUGACAUACUUUUACGAAAAGGUAAAAUGUUAGCCAAUCGUUUAGUAGGUAAAUUAAGUGCAUCGAAUGAUUGUGAAGAAUCAAUGAUUUUAAAAUUAAAAAUAAAUAAAAUUUAUUUAUCAUUGUAA